AUGCCGCGAGAAGCAGAGCCUUCUCUCAACGAGAAGCAAUUCGUCACACAAGCGCUGCAAGAAAACCUGCGACUCGACGGCCGCCAGCUCGACCAAUACCGGCCCCUCGAGCUCACCUUUGGCGACCAAUAUGGCGUCGCCGACGUCACACUAGGCAAGACGAGAGUCCUCGCCAAAGCCACCGCCGAAGUAACCGUCCCCUACGUCGACCGCCCCCUCGACGGGAUCUUCACCAUCGCGACUGAGCUCAGCCCGAUGACCUCACCCGCCUUCGAAGUCAACCGGCCGACCGAAACCGAAGUGCUCCUCUCGCGCCUCCUCGAAAAAACCGUGCGCCGCUCCGGCGCGCUCGACACGGAAUCGCUCUGCCUCGUCGCGGGCCAAAAAUGCUGGUCGGUGCGGGUGGACGUGCACGUGGUGUCGCACGACGGGGGGCUGACGGACGCGGCGUGCGUGGCGGUGGUGGCGGCGCUGCGGCACUUCCGCAAGCCGGACACGAGCAUGGAGGCCGGGCGGCUGACGGUGUACACGCCCGCGGAGCGCGAGCCCGUGCCGCUGAGCUGGCUGCACUCGCCGCUGUGCGUGACGUGGAGCUUUUUUGGCGACGACGGCGAGACUGCGGUGCUGGAUGCCACGUGGCUGGAGGAGCAGGUGCGCGUGGCGAGCUGUACGGUCAGCUUGAAUAAGCAUGGGGAGAUUUGCCAGAUUGCGAAGUUGGGGGGGGAUGCCGGUGGAUGCGGUUGUGCUGUUGCAGUGUACGAGCGUGGCGUUGGUGAAGGUGAAGGAGUUUUCGGAUUUGUUGGAUAG